UUGCUCGCUCACAGCAGACCAUCGCAGCAGCAGCAAUGAGGAUCCUGGUGUGUGUGUACCUGUGCGGUCUAGCCCUCGCUGUCCUCGCUGAGGAGGAGCAGAAGGUGAAGACAGAGAAGAGAGGACUCUCUGGCUCCCUUGGUGGAUACGGUGGAGGCUUCGGUGGAGGCUACGGAGGCGGCUACGGUGGAGGCUACGGAGGCGGCUACGGUGGUGGCUAUGGAGGUGGCUACGGAGGCGGAUAUGGAGGCGGCUUCGCUGGUGGACUAGGAGGCGGUCUUGGCGGUGGCAUUGGAGCUGGCAUCGGUGGUGGGGCCCCUCAGGUCACUGUCAACAGUGUGCCCGUCCCUGUCCCAGUACCUGUGGAGAGGACCAUCCCAGUGCCCGUGAGGGUCCCAGUCACAGUCCCUGUGGAGCGUCCCGUUCCCGUCCAGGUGCCACAGCCGUACCCUGUCCCUGUAGACAACCCUGUGCCCGUCCCUGUCAAGGUCCCCACCCCUGUGUCCGUCCCAGUACCUCAGCCCUACGUCGUUAAGCGUCCAGUGCCCUACGUCGUCAGCGCUGGCCACGGUGGUCUCGGCGGAGGACUCGGCGGUGGUCUCGGAGGAGGCCUCGGAGGAAAAUUCGGUGGAGGCUACGGCGGCGGCUUCGGCGGAGGAUACGGCGGAGCUGUCGGUGGCUUUGGAGGACUUGGGGGCUACGGAAAAUACGCCGAGGAGGAGCAGCCAGUGAAAGAGAAGCGAGGACUCUCCGGUUCACUGGGUGGUUAUGGUGGCGGCUACGGUCUGGGAGGUGGCUACAGUGGUGGCUAUGGAGGCGGCUACGGUGGCGGCUAUGGAGGCGGCUACGGAGGUGGAUACGCUGGUGGACUCGGAGGCGGCCUUGCAGGCGGCAUCGGGUCCGGCAUUGGAGGGGGACAACCACAGAUCACUGUCAACAGAAUACCUGUCCGGGUCCCAGUCCCUGUGGAGAGGAUCGUUCGAGUGCCUGUGAGGGUCCCAUUCACAGUAACUGUGGACCGGCCUGUCCCUGUGCAGCCCUACGUCGUUAAGCGUCCAGUGCCCUACGUCGUCAGCGCUGGUCACGGCGGUAUCGGAGGAGGCCUUGGCGGUGGUCUUGGAGGAGGUUACAGUGGUGGCCUUGCUGGAGGAUACGGUGGAGCUGCCGGUGGCUUUGGAGGACUUGGGGGCUACGGAAAUGAAUGUGGGGGAGCCGGAUGUUGUCCUGCUAAAUGUAUAAAAGCCCGCCGCGGCCUGGCAACAGCAUCAGUCAUUGCUUGCUCUCAGCAGAACACACAAGCAGCAAUGAGGAUCCUGGUGUGCAUGUAUCUGUGCGGUCUGGCCCUGUCCGUCCUAGCUGAGGAGGAGCAGCCGGUGAAAGAGAAGCGAGGACUCUCCGGUUCACUGGGUGGUUAUGGUGGCGGCUACAGUCUGGGAGGUGGCUACAGUGGCGGCUAUGGAGGCGGCUACGUGCUGGCCACGGCGGUAUCGGAGGAGGCCUCGGUGGUGGUCUCGGAGGAGGCCUCGGUGGAAAAUUCGGCGGAGGCUACAGCGGCGGCGUUGCUGGAGGAUAUAGUGGAGCUGCCAGUGGCUUUGGAGGACUUGGGGGCUAUGGAAAAUACGGCCACUGAAUCCUGGAGCCAAACCCAACAACUUGACCCAUACAUGCCACCAGUAUCCAUAAUAAUGGAAUCUCACUGCUGCCUCGGAAGAGUAUCAGUCAUUGCUCGCUCUCAGCACAACACACAAGCAGCAAUGAGGAUCCUGGUGUGCGUGUUUCUGUGUGGUGUGGCCCUGUCCGUCCUAGCCGAGGAGGAGCAGCCGGUGAAGGAGAAGCGAGGACUCUCCGGUUCGCUGGGUGGAUAUAGUGGCGGCUAUGGUCUGGGAGGUGGCUUCAGUGGCGGCUAUGGAGGCGGCUAUGGUGGCGGCUAUGGAGGCGGCUAUGGAGGCGGCUAUGGAGGUGGCUAUGGAGGUGGACUCGGAGGCGGCAUUGCAGGCGGCAUCGGGGCUGGAAUUGGAGGGGGACAACCACAGAUCACUGUCAACAGAAUCCCUGUCCGGGUCCCAGUCCCUGUGGAGAGAAUCGUUCGAGUGCCAGUGAAGGUCCCAUUCACAGUAACUGUGGACCGGCCUGUCCCUGUGCAGGUACCACAGCCGUACCCCGUCCCUGUAGACAACCCUGUGCCCGUCCCCGUCAAGGUCCCCACCCCAGUGUCCGUCCCAGUUCCUCAGCCCUACGUCGUUAAGCGUCCAGUGCCCUACGUCGUCAGUGCUGGCCACGGCGGUAUCGGAGGAGGCCUCGGUGGUGGACUUGGAGGAGGCUACAGUGGCGGCCUUGCUGGAGGAUACGGUGGAGCUUCCAGCGGCUUCGGAGGACUUGGAGGCUAUGGAAAAGGUAUAAAAGCUCACCAGCACCUCGCAGUAGCAUCAGUCAUUGCUCGCUCUCAGCAGAACACACAAGCAGCAAUGAGGAUCCUGGUGUGCGUGUAUAUGUGCGGUCUGGCCCUGUCUGUCCUAGCUGAGGAGGAGCAGCCGGUGAAAGAGAAGCGAGGACUCUCCGGUUCACUGGGUGGCUAUAGUGGCGGCUAUGGUCUUGGAGGUGGCUACAGUGGUGGCUACGGAGGCGGCUAUGGUGGAGGCUAUGGAGGUGGCUAUGGAGGAAGCUACGCUGGCGGAGUCGGAGGCGGCCUUGCAGGUGGCAUUGGGGCUGGCAUCGGAGGGGGAGAACCACAGAUUACUGUCAACAGAAUCCCCGUCCGGGUCCCAGUCCCUGUGGAGAGAAUCGUUCGAGUGCCUGUGAAGGUGCCAUUCACAGUAACUGUGGACCGGCCAGUACCUGUGCAGGUGCCUCAGCCGUACCCUGUCCCUGUAGACAACCCUGUGCCCGUCCCUGUCAAGGUCCCCACCCCAGUGUCCGUCCCAGUGCCUCAGCCCUACGUCGUUAAGCGUCCAGUGCCCUACGUCGUCAGUGCUGGCCACGGCGGUAUCGCAGGAGGCCUCAGCGGUGGUCUCGGAGGAGGCCUCGGUGGAAAAUUCGGCGGAGGCUACAGUGGCAGCUUGGCUGGAGGGUACAGCGGAGCUGCCAGUGGCUUUGGAGGACUUGGGGGCUAUGGAAAAUACGGCCACUGAAUUCUGGAGCCAAACCCAACAACUUGACCCAUACAUGCCACCAGUAUCCAUAGUAAUGGAAUGUAAAAACCUUAAAAAAUAAAUUUUUCACAAUAAAAAUUUUCCACAUUUGCUUUA